AUGGCGGGCGCGGGCACCGAGGCGUUCUUCUGGAGGCUGCCGCUGCCGGGCCCCCCGCUCCAGCCCUGCGAGGACCUCCCCGACGGGCCCGCGGCCGCCUUCUUCUGGCGGCUGCCGCCCGCGGCCCUCGCAGAGGAGCGACGGCCCCCGCGGGAGGCGCUGCAGGACACGCCGGAGCGCAGGCCGGGCGCCGCCGCCUCGAGCGGCGCCGAGCUCCUCGGCGAGGCCUCCGCCGAGCGGAGGCCGGGCGCCCCCGCCUCCGACGAGCGCGGGGCGGAGGGCUCCUCCGGGGCCGAGCGCGGGGCGGAGGCCUCCGCCGAGCGCAGGCCGGGCGCCCCCGCCUCCGCUGAGCGGAGGCCGAGCCUGGCGGAGGAGAUGGUGGAGAUGCUGGACCGCUGCGCGGCAGAGCGCCAGGCGCUGCAGCGCAACCUGGCGGACCUGGGCGAGCAGAUGGAGCGCCUGCGGAGCCUGACGGCCCAGGCGGGCCGCCAGCGCUCCUCGGACGACGCCCGGGGCGCCCCGCCGCGGCGCGAGGCCGAGCCGGCGGGCCCCGGCGGCGUGCCAUCGGAGGUGGUGGGCCGAGUGUUGUGGUGCCUCGACUUCCACAGCCUGGCGCAGGCGACCUGCGCGUGCCCCGAGUGGGCGGGGCUCGCGCGCUCGGAGGGCCGCUGGGCCUGGCUCUUCGAGGCGGACUGGGGCGUGCAGGCCGCAGGGUCUCGGCAGGAGUACCGCCGCUGGCUGUGCCGCUGGCGCGGCCUGAAGUCCACGCUGUCCGGCCUGCGCGGCAGCGCGUGCCCCUCCGGCAUCUGCGGGUCUCACGCCCGGCGCCAGUUGUUUGAGGCGCUGGAGUGCCUCGUCGAGCUCGGCGCGGCCGAGGAGCCGGGGGCGCACUACCCCUCGCACGUCCGGGGGUUGCUGCGGGAAGUAGGCGGCGGUGACACCCUGCUGGCGCUGCUGGAGGACGAGUCGCCGCACCUGAUGUGCCUGGCGGCGCGCUGCCUGGCAGACCUGGCCUCGGACGCGGAGGAGCGGCCCCGCCUCCGCGCUGAGAUCGUGCAGCGUGGGGCGCUCGUGCGCUCCUUGCUAGAGGGCGAGGACGCAGACGUGGUCGAGGCCUCGGCGCGCAUGAUGAUCAACCUGCACGGAAGUGCCCCUGGCACGCCUCUGGGCAUGCGCCGGCGCGGGCCUGCGGCCUUCCUGUGGAGCGGCGGCGGCUGCGCGGGCGGAUUCCUCGAGCACGGUGCGCGGGGCUCGUCGGGCAGCGCCUGGGCCGGAACUUGGGCCGGCGAGAUGCAGUACGCCCGCGGAGGCGAGCGCCACGCUUCGCUUCGCCUGCUGAUGGGGCCGCGCAGCGAUCCAGCGGUGGCCCGUGCCCUGGAGGCCCUGAGGGCCGCCCAGGCCGGCAGAGCCGACGCAGCUGCCGGCGAGCACGGCGGCCAGCGCCCCCGGAUGCGGGCAGAGGGCAACGCGGACUUCUGGAACUUUUUCGGCUUCCUCGCGGCCAGCGAUUUCGACGGGCCAGUCGAGCGGGCCCAGUACGUCGACGAGCAGAUGCGUCGGAGGCGCGAAGUGGGCUCUCCAUCUCACGGCGGCGCGGGCGCCGCCGGGCGCGCCAGCGCGACUGAUGGUCUCGUCGGCGCUGGUUGGGACGAACAGAAUGGCGGCUUCACCGUGGAGGCCGCGAUCCCCUGCCGCGUGCCAGGAAGCCCAGGCGGGGCGGAGGCUGCCACGCCACCCGCGCUCGCCAGCGCGGUGCCGCUGAGGCUGAGGCUGCGGUACGAGAGCCGCGGGGACGCGAGUUACGAGCUGACUGGCUUCCUCGCUGACGGGCGGGACGCUGACAAUGGGCACCGUGUGCCCGCCUUGUACGGUGUCUGGGCGACGGCGCCUUCACAGCACAAGCACCUGUUCGUUCUCCACCGUGUGGCCGCGCUACAGGACCUCCUGUAG